AUGGCGACUCCGUCCUUGCGGCAACGAUUCUGGUUUGUGUUUCCUUCCUUUCGAAAAAAACGCCUUUUCCCUGUCUCUCUCUGGGUGCUUAUCAACGCCCUCUCUUUCUUCGUGUGCGCGUCUACGCUUCCGAGGCUGCUGUUUCACCAUAUUGUGCCCCCUGCGUCAAGUCCGCCGCCUCUCUCUCCCCUUUUUUCUGCUCUUUCGCACCGUUUGUUUUCACUCUCCGCCUUUGCUCGCGCCUCUUCUCUGUUUUCUGAGACCCGCAUCGUUGGAAUCUCAGAGAGAGAAGCGUGGAGCGACAGGCGAGGCCGAAACGGGAAACCGACAGACAGCCGCCUCAACAGCAGCUACGACUUCGGAGGCUUUCCGCUCUCGACCGAAGACGACGACCCCGCAGGGGACGCAGGAGCUCCAGAAGAUGACGACGAGAAGCUUCUGCAGACGCUCGGCGGCCGCACCAAGUCUUUGGCUGGGGGCGAGCCCUUCGAAGGCGUGCUGAGCAACGAAGAACUUCGCGAGAUGGUCAGGCAGGGAUACAUUUACCCGCCAGAUGAGCACCUCGCCGACCCUGUCUCUGCGCCGUUCCUCAUCGACGGACCGCAGUUCAACGGCAGCAGCGCCUUCGCCUCGCCGCCCUACGGACCGAUGGCAAGAAUGGUUCCCUACAACCGGUCCUUGAGCGUGAUUCCUUCCUUCUCCGACGUCGGGCGGCGGGACUUCGACCCGCCGGUCCCUGAAGUGAACGCCACCGCGCAGAUUGAGGACUUUUGGCGGUUGGUGGAAAACAGGACGACUGACUGGGACUUUUUCUCUCCUCCGGGGAGCCGGUUCGAGCGCACCGAGACCGGGGUGGUCAUGACCCCCCCAAUCUUUCCUAAUCGCGUCUAUUUCUUCACGCGCGAAGACCUCGAGGACGGCGUCUACGACGACCCCUACGCCGACGGCCUCGUGAAGAGCGCCAACGCGAGCUACUUGAACCCUGCAUCGCCCAUGCUGAAAACCGGCCGGCGCAGAGACGCGCACCGCCGAACGGACACAGGGCAGAAGCAAAAGCGGCGCUGGCGGAUGGACGACGUCGAAGACGAUAUUCCGCGAGGCAACUGGACUAUGAAAAACGACAUUUACAAGGACAUGCUCGACUCGAUCGACUGGGAACGGGAAUGGCCACAUGCGCAUGACCAGAACUACUUCAAGCGCUCGGACGUGGCGACGCUUCUUGGGGACAACGACCGGAACGACGACAGCUACUGGGAUCCGCAGUUCCUCGGCGGCGUUGACACUUACCCGAAGGCGCACGCCGGCGGGUUGAACUUCACCUGGCCGCUGUUCUGGGUGCCCUGGCUCGCCAAGAAGUUCCCGCGCAGAGGCGGGCAGCCGAUCAAGUCCGAAAUCUUCAACCUCGGCGGCGUCGAGCCUCUACAGCUCUGGUUCUACCCGGAUGGCUGCGAGUCGUCGCACCCGGGCUUCUGCGCCGUCAAGCUCGUCUCGCGGCCGGGAUGGAAUCUGCCUUUCCCCAUCAAACUCUGGAUCAAAGGCGGCACGCUGCGGCUUCCGGUCCCCACCUCGACGCCGAAUGGGAGCAACGAGGGCGACGCACCGGGCGGCGGAGAGAAGGCGAGAGAAGAGACACGGUGGAUCAAGUUUCGCAGCCAGGUCACCGCUGGACCCUUCAGACGCGAGGAAGCAGACUACGUCGCCUACUCUUUCAGCUUCUGCAGGCUGCUUGACAAGCGCAGCUUCAGAACGUCUCCGCGCCCGCCUUUCCCGCCGUUCUGCCCCGACGCCUCUGCCCCGAGUGCGCCGAUUGUCUUCAAUCCGGAGACAGAUGUCGUGCUCGGCGCAGCUGGCGACAUCGAGCUCGGCGUCGCGGUCGCCGAAGACUCCUGGGACUGGGACGACGGCCAUUGGAGCCUCGAGCAGUGGCUAAAGCUUCAGUCUGCCUACCCUGACGACCUCGAGAUCGAGACAAUUCUGCCAGCCAGCUUUACCAACAGCGACAUGUUUGAGAACUAUAAGUAUCGCGAUGUCCCAGACAAGCACUUCGCUAAGUACCUGCCGCCAAUGCUGCCGCCUCUCAACCUCUCAGACGACCAGCUGGAGCAAGUCUAUUCGUUCCCGCGGCGCCACGGCUAUUGA